CCUCAUCAAAUCAAUACUACGUAUUUAGCGUGCGAUGCACACAUUAUUAUAGAAACCAUAGAAACGAUAGUAACUAGUAGUAAUAAUAAUAAUUUAAGAUAGAGGAAGGCCGGCCGCGGGAUAAUAUGUUGGUUGUGGAGACCCCGAAGGAGAGGGUAGCGAGGGGGACGGAGCAGAGCUGGUGCAGAGCCGUGUCCGCCGGCACUGGCAUCACAGUCCUGGCCCUUCAGCUAUCGGCGGACCCAUCCGUUCUCCGCCCACUCCUCAACACCAUCCUAGACGCCCACCCCGUGCUCAGGUCAAAGCUGCACUACAGCACCACCAAGAGGGCCUUCUCCUUCACCACACCCCCCACCUCCCAAAUCCAAAUUCAACUCCUCGACAGAUCAUCCACUCUUCAUCUCCUCCCUUCCCUCUCCGACCCCGACUCCCCCCUCCCCCCUCUCCAGCUAGUCCUCGAGCACGAACUCAGCAACAACCUUGCCUGGGCCAACCCUGCCCUCUUCCCGCCCUCCGGUGCCGACCUGCUCUUUGCCACCGUCUACGCCCUGCCCCAUGCCAAGCAUGUCAUCGCGCUCCGCCUCCACACGGCGGUGUGUGACCGCACCACCGCGGAGUCGCUGCUGAAUGAAUUGGUGGGGGCAGCAGGGGGCAUACACAACCAAGGGGAGGGUAGUUUCGGAAUAGAGGACGUUAUGCCGCUGGCGAAGUCAAAGAAGAAGCUGUGGGCCCACGGUUUGGACGUGCUUGGGUAUUCCUUCAGCUCUUUUCGGUUGACCAAUUUAAAGUUUAAGGACGUAAAAGGCCCUCGGACUUCUCGUGUGGUUAGGCUGCGGAUCAGCCGAAGUCACACUUCACGAAUACUUGACGACUGCAAUUCUGCUGGGAUUAAAUUAUGUGGAGUUUUAACGGCAGCGGGACUAAUUGCAGCUGCACAUUCAUCUAGUAAUCACAAAAACAAGUAUGGGGUGGUGACACUUAUGGAUUGUCGCUCUAUUCUGGAUUCUCCACUUUCCCGUCACCAUUUUGGAUUCUAUCACUCAGCAGUACUAAACGUACACAAGGUGAAUGGUGGAGAAAAACUAUGGGACUUGGCAAAGACAAGCUACACUGAAUUCGCCAACUCCAAAAAAUGCAACAAACACUUCUCUGACAUGGCGGAUCUUAACUUCUUGAUGUGUAAGGCCCUAGAAAAUCCGAGCCUGACAGCUUCGUCUGCAUUGAGGAGCUCUGUAAUUACUGUGUUCGAAGAGCCGGUGGUUGUUCACGACACCCUACUGCACCGUCAGACCAUUGGAAUUGAGGACUUUGUGGGGUGCUCGUCCGUUCAUGGCGUGGGACCAUCAAUCGCUUUUUUUGAUACCAUAAUAGAAGGAGAACUCGACUGCGCUUGUGUUUAUCCCUCACCUUUGCAUUCUAGGGAACAAAUGCAAGAGAUCCUUGAUCACAUCAAGAGGCUUCUCAUUGAAGUGACCUACUCAUCAUUAUCAACAAUUUCUUAAUUAAUAAUCAUAUCAUGCAUGACUGCAUGCCAAUAUAUAUAAAAGGUUAUUUUGUCAAUUUCUUGAGAGAGAGAAAUAAGAAUUCAUUAUAACCAUUAGAUUUAUAAACUUCUUGAGAGGAUAAUAUAUGUAUAAGUAGGGCUCUUUUGUCAAUUUCUUGUAGUUGCUUUUUGUAAAACAAUACAUUUGCAAAACGAUUGCCGUUAAUUACGUGUGUUUGUUCUUAUUACACAAGUAAUGUUACAUUAUUUUAUUUUUAUUA